AUCUGUAUUUACUAUUCACUGUAUAAAACUGCGAGCACGCCGCCGGUAUGCGCUAUACCCGGCUUAUGGUAGAGGUUCGGCUUUGGUGAAAACUUGCACAGAGCUUCAUUACGGCCAUCCAGAAUUUUGUUGUUAGUGUAAAAUGGCUGUCCUCAGGAUCCAUAAUGUCUGCUAUCUGUUAUGUUACUUCUCCCUGAAAUUUACCGCAGCAACGGACAGCCACCAGUCUCUCGCUUCACCAAGCAAGACAAGAGGAAUGUGGAAUCUACCUUCACCGCUGCCUAAUCCGCCGGAUGAAGUUGACGAGUGCCCAUUCUGCCAGAAACCCAUCGACCCACCCAUCUUCUCCGUCAGCAUUCCGCACGGACGCACCCGGAAAUUAAUUUGCCCAGCGGGUCCCGAGCGACCCAAUGACGGGCUACCGGAACGCGGAAAGAUGGCAUGGGGACCGACGUUCGCCCGGGUGGUGGCGGCUGAAUACAGUGCUACCGCCCAGGAAGAGCGUCUGCUAGAAACAAGCAAAACGGUGGAUCCGGCGUGCCCAGAUCUGGAUGUCCUAGCCAAAGUAAAGGAGACGUGUAAUGGAAAGGUUACGUCCUGUUCGUUUAAGGCGGACGAUCCUUCGGUAAAAGCCGGCUGCUCCGGCCGCCCGUUGCUGGUGUAUGUGGAGUGCCAUCGUCCAGGCGGCGCUCGCGCUACAUCUGUGUUGUCGAUGACCAGAUUUGCCGCAUAGCUGACGUGUUUUGAAGUACAGAGGAAUCCGUGUCCAUGAGAAAAAGAUAGUGUAGAAAAUUUUUUUGCCUGAUUUUUAAAUCACUAUUUAACCGUUCUAGCACCACGGACGGUUAUUUCUGGUCGAAAAGCUUUCAAACUUUUUUAGAAUUGUUAUAAAAAUACGGUGCUUCGUUAAACCUUUACGUUUUGCUUCAGAUUAUUGAUUUAUAGGAUCUUUCGUAUUAUCUUUCCUAUCUAACGUGGAAUAAAAUUUGACCAUUGGCCAUGACUGUGGGCCAUUGGGUACGUUUUGGGACCUAAGUCGUACUUGCCAGUA